AUGACUGGAGUCUUUGACAGUCUGGUGGCUGAUAUGCACUCGACCCAGAUCACGGCCUCCAGCACGUACCACCAGCACCAGCAGCCCCCGAGCGGCGGCGGCGCGGGCCCCGGCGGCAGCAACAGCAACACCAGCAGCCUCCACAAGCCACAGGAGUCGCCAACCCUUCCGGUGUCCACAGCUACCGACAGCAGCUACUACACCAACCAACAGCACCCGGCGGGCGGCGGCGGCGGGGGGGGCUCGCCCUACGCGCACAUGGGCUCUUACCAGUACCAUGCCAGCGGCCUCAACAAUGUCCCUUACUCCGCCAAGAGCGGCUACGACCUGGGCUACACCGCUGCCUACACCUCUUACGCGCCCUAUGGGACCAGUUCGUCCCCAGCCAACAACGAGCCUGAGAAGGAAGACCUCGAACCUGAAAUCCGGAUAGUGAAUGGGAAGCCAAAGAAAGUCCGGAAACCCCGCACUAUCUACUCCAGUUUCCAGCUGGCGGCUCUUCAGCGGCGUUUCCAAAAGACUCAAUAUCUGGCACUGCCUGAGCGAGCCGAGCUGGCGGCAUCUCUGGGCCUCACCCAGACUCAGGUCAAAAUUUGGUUCCAGAACCGCCGAUCAAAGUUUAAAAAGAUGUGGAAAAGCGGAGAGAUCCCCUCGGAGCAGCAUCCUGGGGCCAGCUCUUCUCCACCGUGUGCCUCGCCGCCAGUCUCGGCGCCGGCCUCCUGGGACUUCGGCGCGCCUCAGCGGAUGGGGGGCGGCGGCGGCCCGGGAAGCGGAGGCAGCGGUGCGGGCAGUUCAGGUUCCAGCCCUAGCAGCGCGGCCUCGGCUUUUCUGGGCAACUACCCGUGGUAUCACCAAGCGUCGGGCUCUGCCUCACACCUGCAGGCCACAGCGCCUCUGCUGCACCCCACUCAGACCCCGCAGCCUCACCACCACCACCAUCAUCACCACGGCGGAGGGGGCGCCCCGGUGAGCGCGGGGACGAUUUUCUAA